GCCUCCAACUCAUUCGUUUCUACUGCUUGAGGUCCAGCUCCUGUGGUGUUGGAGGUAUGUGCAGACAAACGAGUCACCGUUUUCAGCUCCCCACCCUUUGGCUUCUCGUACAUUACUGUACCCCCUUCUCUGCCUCUGGAAGCGGUGUUACCCUGAGGGUCCCUCAGAGAGAAGUGAACGGGAUCGUGAGCCUGUCUGUCAAUCUCUCUGUCUCCUAUUCCACACUCCCACCCUACUCCACGUUGAAGAUCCAGUGGCGUUUAUUCUCCGAAAAUACUCCAUUUGUGACCCUAAGCCGAUCAAACUGCUCUCCAGGUCCUGUCACAUCCCGGUAUAACUGUUCAGAUCACCAGGUGACAGGGCCUUCCUACCGGCACCGAGUUCAACUCGACCCAGAGACUGGAUCCUUGUGGCUGCGGGAUUUACAAUCUAAUGACAGCGGCGUGUAUGUGAUAUCAGUUUAUAGAGAUGGUGAGGGCAUAGCUGCUGAAGGGAAUGUGACUUUAACCGUUUAUAGCGAGACAGAUAAUAUGAUUACGACUCCACUAGUCAGCAGCUAUAAGCAGCCAAUGACCAGCAGACGACACUCUGACCAAGGAGUCAUUCUGCUGCUCCGAGUGAGCACCUUAGGUUUCGUCGCUGUGUUUGGGGCUUCUCUGUACUGGUAUGUGAGCCGGAGAUGCAGAGAGAAAUGUCAGCAAGAGCUUUGAGGUCUGAUACAAUCAAAAUAACUUCUCCUCAAUGUUGAGACCAAAAUGGUAACAUCACCUCAAGCCCGAAGUUUAACAGAACAAAACGGCUGCAGAAUGCUCCGAGAACUAAUAAAUGACGCCCACCACAGACUCCGCAGGAAAUGACAUCACCAGAAACCCCAGGAACCCCAUCCAGGAGAUAGAUAUAAAUAGAAAGCAGGAGACAACAGCUUCGCUUCACUUGGAGGUCGCCACUGAUGAUGUUACCUGCAGUUCUAAAUGAUAUACAGGAACAAUGAGAUCAAGGGGUUGGGGCAGGGAAGGAGCGGUUACAUACAUACCAAUCAUUACAGAUUUUUGGAAAGUAGUUGAAGAAACAUAUGGGAUUUGGCGUUUUAUAAAUAGAGGCAUGAAUUACAAAAUAACUUUAUAAAACAGAAGUUUUAUUUUAUUUGAUAAUCUUGAUAAUUUGAUAUAUAUUUGAUAACUUGAGCAUUGUAUUAAAAUCUGCACACCUUUUCUAGAAAGAUGGUGGUGAAGGAUUAGACUGAGUCCAAAAGAUAUAAGGACUUUGGUUAGACCGAUAGUUUGCAGAAGUUGAGUUAUUCUCGCAAUAAAACGUGGAGAUUUAUU